GUAGGUCGGCCACCCAUGUCAGAUGCAUUGCACAGCCACAGGAUCGGAGGGGAAGGGGGCUCCUUGGACUAUCUGAUCGGGGCCAGCGCCCAUCUGUUGGUCUGGGGUGGGCUACAGUUGGGUGCGCUGAGCCCCGUGCUGACGCUCUGUCUCUGGAGGGUUGACUGGAGGGCAGGGUUAUGCUUUUUGGUCUUGGCGCUCUUCACGGUCCUCUGUCCUGCGCGCCACUCCAAGCACUUCUGCCGCUUCUACCUUAAGGCAGCGUCGACAGUGGGCGGGGCCACAGCCUGGGUUCCGGACUCGAUCAUGCAGCUCUUACAGGGCCGUAGCUAUUUGGUGUGCUUCCACCCGCACGGCGUGCUACCUCUGGGAUUUAGUUUCAACGCGGCUCUCCGUGUCAAGGCACAACAGCCGGAGAUUUACCUGCCGGAGUCAUUCCAUUUCCCGGAGGACUGCGAUGGGGUGCAAGCGCCUGUGCUUUGGCGCCUUCCUUUCUUUGCACCUAUGCUGCGGAUGUGGGACUGCUGCACACCAGCGACGAAGGAGAACAUGAAAAAGCUGCUGGCAGCCGGGACAGCCUUUGGCAUCAUUCCUGGGGGAAGCGAGGACGUUGCCAUCCACGAGCACGGGAAGGAAAAUGUCUACAUCAACUCUCGGUAUGGUUUCAUCAAGUAUUCCUUGCAACAUGGGUAUUGCCUGGUUAUUGCCUAUACCUUUGGAGAGACCGACCAAUACCACAGCCUCACCUGGCUGAGGCCCUUGAAUUUGUGGCUGGUCAAGACCUUCGGCUUCGUGGUUCCAGUUUUCUGGGGCAAAGCUUUCUGCCCGCUGCUGCCUCGUGGUGGCGGCUUAAAUACUGUUUACGGCAAAGCAUUGCACUUGCCAACGAUCCCAAAUCCGACACUUGAAGACCUCGUCCACUGGCAUGGGGUGUACGUGGAGGCACUGGUCACACUUUUCGAUGAAUACAAGUGCCGGUUUGGAUAUGGUGAUCGAGAGCUAAGAUGUUUCUGA